AUAAUAAUGUCCACAAAUUCAAGGAUGAGAUUGGUUAGAGAUCUUUAAAAACUCAAGUAAAUGAUUCCACAAGGAUUUUAAGCUGCACCCUUCGAUGAUAACAUCUUAUUAUGGGAAGCUGUCAUCUUCGGACCAGAUUAAACCAUCUGGGAUGGAGGCAUCUUCAAGUUGCUCCUUGAAUUCACAGAAGAAUAUCCCCUCAAACCCCCAAAUGUCAUAUUCAAGACCAAGAUCUUCCAUCCCAAUGUAUCAUCCAUAACCCAAUUAAUUUAUGCAAGGUUUACGCAGAUGGCAAGAUUUGCUUAGACAUUUUGUAAAAUCAAUGGUCCCCCAUCUACGACGUAUGGGCAAUUCUCACCUCGAUACGUUCUCUCCUCAACGAUCCCAACCCUGAUUCCCCUGCGAAUAGCGAGGCUGCCAAACUGUACUUAGAAGAUAAAAUCACCUAUUUCAAGAGAGUGGAAGAAUGUGUCGAAGAAUCCUGGAUCGAUUGACACACACAUAAUAAGUAUCACAUAAAA